UAUCACCGCAAUAUGAUUAUAGGAAUUUGGUAUCCCUGUCGCAUAAAACUAGCGUCAUUUUUUGUCGAGUAAAAAUAUUUAAAUUAUUUAUGUAAUUAAUUACACUAAUUGUGAUAAAAUGCAGCCGACUAUAGCGUCGUUCUUUAAAAAGGACACAUCUUCAACAAAGAAAAUCAAUAAAACGCAAUCUACCAAUGAGGAGAGAAAGGAAGAAAAUAAAACAAAAAAACGUAAAGUCCUUCAUGUUGUGUCUAGCGAUGAAGAAGAGAAUGAGAUAAGGACUCAAAAUUCUAAAAAAUUUCGCAAUGAGGAAACAGAAAAGAAUAAUAAAUCCCCUAGUAACGGAACAAAGAAACCAAAUUUAUCAAAACUUAACAGCAAACCGUUGAAAUUGUCACCUAAAAAGGAAAAAAAUGUCGUAGAUCCUAUGGUUAUGUUUGGUGCGGAAACCAAACGUAUACCAAUGAAAAAACCCGCUAGACCAAAAGCAGCUGGUUUGCUCGAACUUGAAAAUGAUCAAAUCAAUCAAAGUUUAAUGGAAAUUGAUUUGGAAAAAGAUGUCAAUAAUUCGAUAGAGAAACGCUAUAAGAAAGAGCAGAAGCCAACUACACCAAAAAGUCAAGAAAAAAAUGAGAAAUCUUCAAAAACGCCUAACGGAAAAUCAACAAUGGAUAUAGAAACGAGUGUAUUAUCUGAUGAGGAACGUUUCGAGCGCAAGCGUGCUUCCGCCGUCUUAUAUCAAAAGUAUAAAAAUCGUUCUUCAGUUUUAAAUCACGGUUGCAAAGAAAUUCCAAAGGGAAAGCCAGAUUGUUUGGCUGGACUUACUUUUUUGGUAACUGGAGUUUUAGAAUCGUUGGAACGCACCGAAGCUGAGGAUAUUAUCAAAGAAUAUGGUGGCAAAGUAAUGACGACUGUUGGUAAACGCUUAAAAUAUUUGAUCGUAGGCGAAGACGCGGGCCCAAAAAAAUUAGCUGUAGCUGAAGAAAAUGGUAUUCAAAUUAUCAGUGAAGAUGGAUUUUUGGAUUUAAUACGUGAAAAAUCCGAUUUAAACGGAAAAAUGGACAUAAAAGAGAAUGGUACUCGCAAAGAAAAAGAGAAGAUAGUGAAUAAAAGUCCUGAAAAUGUUACUAAAACAAAAUCUCCAGCAAAAAGAAAAAUAAAAUUAAUGCCAGAAAAUAAUAUCAAGUCGGCAAAGGUUGCUUCACAUCAUCUAAAGGAUGAGAAUUAUGGAACGGUACCGAAAUUUGCCGCAGAGCAAAGUGGAAAAUUUAAAGCAAUUAAAAGUCCUAAUAAGAUAGCAGCUACAGAGGGGGGAAAGAUAUCACCAGUAAAAAAGAAAAUAAUGUCCGUACCGGAUUCAUGCCUUGUGAAAGUCGAGAAUAAUGAAAUGAAAUUGAAGUUGAGUGGACAGGAAAGUAAGAUAACUGAAGAUAACACGGCUUGGGUAGAUAAAUAUAAACCUUCAUCUAUAAAGGAUAUUGUGGGCCAGCAAGGACCAAGCAGCAAUGUUAAUAAGUUACUUAAUUGGUUAAGGAAAUGGUUUGAAAAUCGUACUGGAAAAAAAGCUUUACAAAAACCAAACCCCUGGGCCAAAAACGAUGAUGGCAGUUAUUACAAGGCUGCUUUGCUUUCAGGCCCGCCAGGCAUAGGGAAAUCAACAACCGCGAACUUAGUCUGCAAGGAAUUAGGCUUCGAUAUUGUGGAGUUUAAUGCAUCGGAUACGCGGAGCAAACGUUUACUUAAAGAGGAAGUUUCCGAAUUACUAUCAAAUAAAUCUUUGCAUGGUUACUUUCAUGGUGCUUCUCAGGCCAUGACUAAAAAGCAUGUUUUAAUUAUGGACGAAGUUGAUGGCAUGGCUGGUAAUGAAGAUCGUGGCGGUAUUCAAGAGUUAAUUGGCUUAAUUAAAAAUAGCUCAAUACCAAUUAUAUGCAUGUGUAACGAUCGAAACCAUCCUAAGAUACGUUCUUUAGUUAAUUAUUGCUAUGAUUUACGUUUCAAUCGGCCACAAUUACGGCAAAUCAAAGGUUGCAUUCUGAGUAUAUGCGCCAAGGAACACUUGAAAUUGGAUGCAACAAAAAUUGAAGAAGUUAUCACCGCAACAAAUAAUGAUAUACGUCAAUCUAUUAAUCAUAUUGCUUUGUUAAGUGCGGACAAAGGAUUGCAAUUACCCGCUGCAAGCGAAGCAAAGAGCAAUGUUGGAAAAGUGGCUCAAAAGGACUUGAAAAUGGGUCCUUGGGAGGUGGUUCGCAAAGUGUUUUCAGCCGAAGAACAUAAAACAAUGAGUUUUAAUGACAAAUGCGAUUUAUUUUUUCACGAUUAUAGUCUAGCUCCACUUUUCGUUCAACAGAAUUAUCUUAUUGUCAAUCCAGUCGGACCCAGAUCCGAAGUUAUUGAAAAAGUUGCUUUAACUGCUGAUGCCCUUAGUUUAAGCGAUUUAGUAGAUCGACGUAUACGCUCCCAGUCGGCUUGGUCUUUGUUACCCACUCAAGCCGUUUUUAGUUCGGUAAUCCCUGGUGAAUAUAUGAAGGGCUCUUUUACGGGGCAAAUAAAUUUCCCAGCAUGGUUGGGUAAAAAUUCCAGAACUUCUAAACGUAGCCGUUUAGCUCAAGAGAUACACGACCAUACACGUAUAAGAACUUCCGGUUCACGUUUAUCUAUACGUUUAGAUUAUGCAGCGUUUCUUCUUCACAAAAUUAUUCAUCCGUUGAAAGAACACGGGUUAGAUGGUGUCAACGAAUCUCUGAACACUAUUAAGGAAUAUCAUUUACUGCGAGAAGAUUUGGAUAGUUUAAUUGAAUUGACAACGUGGCCGGGGAAGAAAAGUCCAAUGGACAGUGUGGACAGCAAGGUUAAAGCGGCUUUAACUCGAUCAUAUAAUAAAGAAGUACUAGCCUACAGCUACAGCUGUGCUGGGGCAGGAAUGAAAAAGAAACGUUCGGAAGCAAGCGAUGAUUUGGAUUAUAUCGAUGCAGAUAACAAUGAAGAAGGCGGAGAAGGAACAUUGGCAUCCCAUGACGAUGAAGAUGAGCAAGAAAAAGAAGACGAUAAUUUGGAGAAUGAUGGCUUGGUAAAGGUAAAAAAGAAGUCAACCGCAGCAAGUUCCUCAUCAAAUUCUACUAAAGCUUCAAGUAAUAAGAAGUCUACAUCUACAUCGAGCAAAACAAAAUCGGCUACUAAAUUUAAAAAAUAAUGUUAAUAAUAC